UCAAACAAUAAAUAAUAUUUUAUAUAAUCAUAAUAAUUGAAUAAAAAAUAAAGUAAAAGAUUGUUAAAGAAAAAAUUAGAAACGAAAACCAACAAUAAUAAAAACAAAAAGAAAGAAGCAAAACAACAAGUCAAAGCAACUGAAGAAAAAAAGAAACGAAGAGAAAAGAUGCACAGAAAACGACGGCGAAAAAAAAGACUGACGUACUGAGAGCAUGUUGCAUAAAUAAUAGGCUUGGAGUUGAGCACCUAGUUCCGUUUGGAGACGUUGAGAGCUCUCUCUCUCAAGAACUCGCAUUUUUGGCUCUUCUCCACUCGGAAAUACCUCGUUGUAUUACAUUUAGUUGUAUUACAUCCAUAUCUCUCUCGGUGUGUAGUAUCUCUAAAUUUUAAGCUUGAUUUCAAAGUUUUUGAGCUGAAAAACCACUAUUCACUUCACGACAAACAUUGUUCCUACGAGAAGGUCAACACCUUUUUCCACCCUUUCUCUCAAUCAAAUUUCAAUUGGAAGGUGGAUUUGGACUCUCCUAGGUGUGGGGAUUAAGAAAAUCAAACUUUGUUUCAUCAUCCAUCACGUUCGUACAAAUUGUUACUAUUCACCAACGACUCCAUUGUUGCGGUUUUGAAGCUCAAAACAAAGAAACUUACGAAGGUACUUCCUUGAGGAGGGUGGCUUUUCCUAGCUUCCCCUUCCAUGGUGUAGAACUUAAUUGUUGUGUACUAACUCAACUUUCAUCAUGCCUAAGGUUACGGGCAAAAACAAAGAUGCACUGUACCCAACCAAGUCAUCUUCUAGGCUUAAAGCAAAGGCUCAAGCGAAGGAGAUGGAAGAAGCUAUCUCGGCUAUGGAACAAAUCAGAGACACGGAUUUUGAUAUUGAAUCAGAUGCUAGUGAAACUGAGGAGACUCCUAAGAAUACUUCAACCGAGCCAGCUCUAGAAGAGGCCAAUGGUGACUCAAAUCCUUCACCUCUUCAAAAGGAGGACGAUGUGAUGCAAGCUAAUGAUAAAGGAAAGGAGGUUAUUGACCAUGUGGUUAACCUCUUGAAAGGCAUUAAUGAAGGGGCUUCCAUGGGUGAAGCAUUGGUUCUUACCGAGCCCCAAACUCAACAGGGAGGAAGUGUUAGUGAUUUAUAUGUCGCGGCUUUGGGAAAAACCUUCACAUGGAAGGACACCGAGACAUCUAACACAAAGUCAUUUGCUUCCCUUUUCAAAGACAAUAGAGAGCCGGAGAAAGGUAUGAAAUUGAGAUAUAUUGAACCCGUAGGGGAUUAUGUUGAUUUUUCUAUGGGAGUGAUGAAAUCUAUGGUGGAAAUAUGGGGUCAUUGCCUAGUUGGAUACUUUGCCGGUAGGUAUCUCGGUUUUAAACCAAUUCAAGAACUAGUAUCCAAAUGAUGUGUCCAAUGUCGUAUGAGGACACAUGAUAGAGGGUGGGUUAUAUUCAGGUUCCAAAAUGAAGAGGAUAGAACAAAAGUGCUAAUGGAAGGCCCAUACUCUUUUUUUGGAAAGUCUUUGUACCUAAAGACACUAUCCGAGGACUUCUCAUUUCAAAGUGAAGAGUUUUUAAAAGUUCUUAUUUGGGUAAAACUUCCCCAUCUCCCUACGCAACUUUGGGAUGAGGAAGUUAUAAGUGAGGUGGCUUCUCAGAUUGAUCUCCUUUAUGCUCCUUCUACCGGGGAGUACUUUACUUGGAAUAGAGGGUGGAAAUGGGCAAAACUUGAUAAAGUGCUUAUAAACUCUUUUUGGAGUAGCCAAGGAGUAGCAUGUCGAGCUCAUUUUUUAGAAAUGGAGAGUGAGUUUGAUCAUGUUGCCUCCUUAGUUACUAUUGGGCAAUCAAAUAAAGGUGGGUCAAAACCUUUUAAGUUCUUUAAUAUGUGGCUCAAACAUGAUAAAUUCUUGAAUAUCUUAAAGAAUGUUUGGGAUAGGAAUGUUAUUGGAAGUGAACAGUUUAGACUUGCUUGAAAAUUUAAACUUCUAAAACAGCCUCUUAAACAACUAAAUCAAGAAGAGUUUAGUCAUAUUUCAGCUAGAGCAAAGGAAUCAAAGAAGGAGUAUAAGAGAAUCUACCAGUUAGUUCUCAUAUCUCCUUUAGAUGAUGCUAUUAGAGAAGAACUUUUGAUUGCAAAGAAAAGAUCACUUUUUCUUAAAGAGGCCGAGGAAGUCUAUCUUAAGCACAAGGCUAAGGUUGUUCACUUGACUCCGUUAGAUAGAUGUACUAAAUACUUCCAUUCUAUUGUGAAGAAAAAGAAUGCUCAAAACUCUAUUGCAUCUAUACGAUUAGAAGAUGGGAGUCUUACUAACUCAUAGCUUUCUUUAAAGGUUUAUUUGGGACAAAAGUACAAUCUGUGGGGUUUAAUGCCAAUGUCAUGCUCUCGGGUAACCUUAUGGCCCAGGAAAGUGUGACUGACCUCAUUAGGCCUAUUAUUGAUUUGGAGAUCAAACAAUCCUUGUUUGAUAUUGGCAAUGAUAAAGCCUCAGGUCCAGAUGGUUAUUCUUCAGCUUUCUUCAAAUCUAAUUGGGGAAUAGUUGGGGAUGAUGUUUGUGCUGCGGUGAGGGAAUUUUUUGAUUCUGGGACUAUGCUUAAACAGGUUAACCAGGGAUUCUUCCUUUGGCUCCACUAAAGGUGUCUGUGGUUCAAUUCUCUCCUUUGAUAGACAUGGUCACAUACUUUAUUAAUGCAUGUAAUACUAAAACUUUAUCUUAUGCAAGAAAGGUUGAGUUGAUAAAAACAGUUAUGCAAGGUGUCCAAUCCUUCUGGCUUGGUAUUUUCCCCAUUCCUAGGACAAUUUUAGAUAGAAUUGUGAGCUUAUGCCGAGUAUUUUUAUUGGGGGGGGGGGGGGGGGGGGGACAUGCCAAAGUGGCCUGAGAAGAUAUUUGUUUACCUAAAGAAGAAGGGGGCUUAGGAAUUAAAGAUUCUAAAGUUUGGAAUAAUGCUCUUUUAUCUAAAACAUUGUGGAAUAUACACCUAAAGCAAGACACACUUUGGGUUAGGCGAGUUCACGGUGUUUACCUUCAUGGUAGAGAUGUGUGGAUGUUUGUUCCACACAAUAGGGACUCCCAACUCAUGAAAAGGUUGGUGAUGAUUAGAGAUACCAUUGUCUCCAAAUUCCCCUCUUUAGCUGAGGCUUCACAAUACCUUGGAAAAUGCUCUUUCAAUGGAAAAAUCUCUCCUUCUAAGGUAUAUGAUCUAUUAAGAAUAAAAGGGACAACUCAUGAUUGGAUGCCAUUUAUCUGGAAACCGUAUAUCCCUUCCAAGUUCUCGUUUAUCAUGUGGCUUGUCUUUCGGAAUAGGCUAGCAACUUCUGAUAACUUGGGAUAUCUUGACUUGCCUAAUGUUUGCUAUUUUACAAGGGUGGUUCAGAAACAGUACCACACCUAUUUUUUGAAUGUUCAAUUAUAGGUCAAGUUUGGAAAACUAUAAGAGAAUAACUAGGAAUGACAAGGCAAAUGUCUUCGCUAAAGAGUGUUGUAAAGUGGAUUCAAAAGGAAUGCAAGGGAGCACAUAUUAGAGCUAAAGCCAUACGGAUAGCAUUCUGUUUUAGUGCAUAUUGGAUAUGGAGGAUAAGGAACUCUCUACGCUUUGAUGGAACUACGUACAAUGUGGAAGAUAUGAUCACUCAUAUUAAAUUUAUGGUGCAUAAAGUGCUAUAUUCCAUGUAUACAUACCACAUGAUUACUUGUUGAAACUAUAGUCGUCACCUAGUUUUUGCUAUGGGCUUCAUAGAUAUUAGAUCUUUAUCUUUUUGGAGGUGAUAGGGCAUCCUUACUUGGGAUAGCCUACAAUUUUGUAUAUGUUGUACAAGAUUACUUUGGAUAUAUAUAUUUACAUUUUAUCCAAAAAAAAGCUUGGACUUCAAAUAUAUUACAAAAAUACCCGACUGUACCAUACUCAAGGUACAACUAGAUGUAGGAACUUAUGAGUCCAAAAUAUCCUGUUUCCCAAUGCAUACUUUUCUCCAAAAAAAAUGAUGGAGUACUUUUUAGGGGAAU